UUCUAAAACCCUAAAAACCUACAUCUGCCCCUUACCCUCUCUAUCUUCCAUUUCUUGGGGACUCAGGACUCUCCGAUUAUGGCAGCUUUUCAACUCACAAAUCUAUCAUCUUCUUCGAUUCCCCCUCAGUUUUAUCCCAAGACAUCCUUCCUUCCCUCCAACUUUCACUGGACUUGUUCCUCCUUUAAUGGCAAGCGGAAAUGUCCUUCUCGAAGACACCAUGUUGGUGUUGUGGGCUGCUCAUUUUCGCAUAUGGAUUCCGCUAAGAUUAAGGUAGUGGGUGUUGGUGGAGGCGGCAACAAUGCUGUUAAUCGCAUGAUUGGCAGCGGAUUGAAGGGUGUUGAUUUCUAUGCUAUAAACACGGAUUCUCAAGCUCUAUUACAGUCUGCUGCUGAGAAUCCACUUCAAAUUGGAGACCUUCUGACGCGUGGGCUAGGUACUGGUGGGAAUCCACUUUUAGGGGAACAAGCGGCAGAAGAAUCAAAAGAAGCGAUAGCCAGUGCUCUCAAGGGCUCUGAUCUUGUAUUCAUAACGGCAGGUAUGGGUGGAGGCACUGGGUCUGGUGCGGCCCCAGUCGUUGCCCAGAUUUCCAAGGAGGCAGGUUACCUGACUGUUGGUGUUGUUACUUUUCCAUUCAGCUUCGAAGGAAGAAAGCGAUCCUUGCAGGCUCUGGAGGCCAUUGAAAAGCUGCAGAAAAAUGUUGACACUCUUAUAGUAAUCCCCAAUGAUCGGUUGCUUGAUAUUGCUGAUGAGCAGACACCUCUUCAAGAUGCUUUCCUUCUUGCUGAUGAUGUCCUACGUCAAGGAGUACAGGGAAUUUCUGACAUAAUAACGAUUCCAGGGCUGGUCAAUGUGGAUUUUGCUGACGUGAAAGCCGUCAUGAAAGACUCGGGAACUGCAAUGCUUGGAGUUGGUGUUUCCUCUAGUAAAAAUCGCGCAGAAGAAGCGGCUGAGCAAGCAACUUUGGCUCCGUUGAUCGGAUCAUCCAUUCAGUCAGCUACAGGAGUAGUAUAUAACAUUACUGGGGGAAAGGACAUAACUCUACAGGAAGUGAACAGAGUAUCUCAGGUUGUGACAAGUUUGGCAGAUCCAUCUGCAAACAUAAUAUUUGGAGCAGUUGUGGAUGAUAGGUACAGUGGAGAAAUCCAUGUAACUAUAAUUGCAACAGGAUUCUCUCAGUCCUUUCAGAAGACAUUGUUAGCUGACCCCAGGGCUUCCAAACUUAUUGAUAAAGUGAGUGGAGGAGUUCAAGAUAAAAGCACCAAGACUUCUUCAAACCUUCCUCUUAGCUUAUCAUCGCCUGCUGCUGCUGCUGCUUCACCGACACUUCCUAAUCGAGGUCGAAGGCUCUUCUUUUAGCUUCUUUUAGCCAAUAUUCCCAUUCUAUUAUUCUUGCAGAAUUUUCACCUGCCUUAGCAAAGCCUCGUGAAUCUGUGCUUGUAUAUGUUAUUUUCUUGCAAGUUUAGUUGCUUCAACUUGAAUGACAACAAACAGCCAGCCUUGCAGGCAUCCUCUUCCUGCCUGCUGCUAAUUCAUUGAUUUGUUAUCAGCAAGUUUCGUCAUUUGAAACAAGUAAUGGUUAGUUAGUUGAUUUUGAUUGUGAAUA